GAACAAAUCUUGGUUUUUAUUUAUGGAAAUUGAAAUAGAUCGUUUUAUAUAUCAAGUUAUUUUCAACACAACUGCUAACAUAUACAAUUUUAUACUCACACUUGUGCUAAAUUUUUCACAAUGAACGAUCGAUCAUUGAUAUGAAAUUUUACGAAGCAACCAACAUUCAAGUUAAAAAUUAAAAUUUUAUUUGCUAGAAUUUAUCGUAUCACUCACCUUACGUGUAAUAUAAAAAUGCCCUAAAUGUCGAUUUCCCCAGGCACCUUGAUUUAAAAUCUCUGUUUAAAAAAUACAUUUCGGUGGGAAAAAAGCUCCCCCUACUUUUAUGUAUUUGCAAUGUCGAUUUCCCCCAGGCAGCUUAGUUUUGUAGUCUCUGUUAGGGACCCGCCGCAUGUGUCGUCAAUUUCGAUCAAUCAGAAGUGGAUAUUUCCGUUGUUUAUUUAAUUGUUUAUUUGUCAAUUCAUCAACGGGCUUUAAGGGCCCCAAUGAUGUACUUAAAAGUAUAUAAAAAUCUAAAUCUAAGUUUAAAUCUGAACAUCAAUUACAAUUUAUUUACAAUUACAAUUAAUUACAUCAAAUUACAGUCAUCACAUAUUGAAAGUACACAUAAAAAUAAUAAUCACGUGGCAGUUUGUUCUGUGAAGAAAGAGCUAAAUCUCCGACGAAGAAGCGUUCGGGGUAGAUGGUAAUCGAACAGCCUGGCUACCCUGUUGAAAAGUCUUUGCAGACCACUUAAUCCACCGAACAUGCCGUAGUUUGUACGUUGUGCGGGCAAUCGUAACAUCCAGCUAUUUCGUAGAGCGCGAGGUCGGACGUUGAAAUUUAUUUUUUCCAGGAGAACGGGACAAUCGAUGCGUCCUUGUAAGGUAUCGGCUAUCAUCAAAGCUCUGGCUGUGUCUCUACGAACCGACGAAUGUUCCAACCUGAUAAACUGACAACGACUCUGGUAACUCGGUAAUCGGAGGGAGUCAGUCCACGGCAACCUGCGCAGAGCAUAUCUUAUAAACCUUCGUUGAACUGAUUCGAUCCUUUCGACACCGUUGUUGUAAUGUGGAGUCCAAACAGCUGCACCAUACUCUAAGAUGGAGCGAGUGAGGGAGCAGUAGAGAGACUUAAGACAGUAGAUGUCGGUAAAAUUUUUAGCAAUCCUGAAGAUGAACCCCAGAGUUCUGGAUGCUUUAUUGACCAUGAAUGUGAUGUGCGUUUGAAAGAGAGUUGCAUGUCUAAAAUGACACCCAGGUCCUUGACUUCGCUGACACGCUCAAUUUCCGUGCCGAACAGGACAUAGUUGUGUAAUACGGUCUGUCUCGUGCGCGAAAACGAGAUGACGGAACAUUUAGCGGGGUUUACUUCCAUGCGAUUAAAAAUACACCAAUCGGCAAAAGCAUCCAUCUCUCGUUGAAGGAAGCGACAAUCUUCGAUCGAGCUGACCUGAAGACUCCGAUGUGAAUUCGAUCGAAUACAGAUCAAUCUGUGAUGACGAUGGUGUGCAGUACAUUCAUGAAAGGGGGAUGGAGUCCAGUCUGAUAUUGAAUCUAGUCCCAGAUAAAAAUAAACCGUUUUGCAAGCGUCAGUUCUACGCGCCAGAGUCUCACAGUUUUUACGUUCGACUGCAGAGAAUUCCUCCCACAUCAAAUGCCGGCCUUAAAAAUUUGCAGCAGAAUGGUCACGCUAAGAAGUAUGGAAACAAAAAAGCUAAUAACAUCACCGAUUCUUGUUCGCUGAGCAUAUCUCACUCAUUACACGGCGAAGUGCUUCCGCCUUGGCGGCUCGAUCCUUGCGAAUUGGAGGUCAUCAGUUCCAAAGAAGAACCAAUGCGUCUUCUCCAAGGGCGACUGAACAUUGUGUGGAAUCAUUUCGGAAAUCAGCCCGGCUACCGGCUCGUGAUGACGGUGAUUGGAAAUGGAUUUCCUUGUCUGGAGAAAGGCAAACACUCGUGUCUUGAGGUAGAUGAUGUUCCGCUUCUUUGCAUUUCCAAGGAACUUGUUUGUGACGGCAUUCGUCAUUGUCCAUCCCCAGUCAAUGCAUUCAGUGAUGAAGACAGCGAGAUGUGUGCUAAGCUGAGAGAGCAGCAGUUUGCAGAGAAUCCCGUUCAAAUGGUGUUCAGAAAGUACAUACAAACUACGUUUAAAUCAUUUUUCAACAACGACGCCACCGAAGUGCCGCCUAUCAAAGAUACAUCAACCUUGCCAGCUGAAGUGAAACAAUUAGAUGUGAAUGAAGCACUGUCUAAAGUAUCAUCUAAGCCUCAUAAAAGCACACUUACAGGGCUGUCUAAGUAUGGUCCUUGGGGCUACUUGUUCUUGGGAAUGCUCUUGUGUGGUGGAGCGCUGUUAGUUUGUGGACUGUGGGAAUGCUGCUGUCGGUCACAGAAACAAGAAUCAUCGGAUUUAGACGAACAGGAACAUUCGGCCGCGUCCGUGGAAUCCGGCGUGAACGGUUCCAACGCAAACACGACAAAUGGUACUCAAACGUUGCCCACGUAUGAAGAUCUGGAUCCCCCACCAGCGUAUUCUGUUCUUUUUCCAAAUCAAAAGCCGGCUGAGGUCCAGACUACAUUAUCGCAAGAUUCUGAGAGAUCAUCGUUCAGUUUUGGGAGUAUAGAUCAUGUUCAAACCAGCAGUAGUGAGACUAACGAAAGUGGUUCUCAUGUUCACACACAAACACAAAAUGCACAAUAACGCACUUUAAAUAUCUAUAGUUUUGAGACACUAAAUAAGGCUGAUUUUACUAUUUAUUGAGUAGUUAAUGCAUAAUUGUAGGGAAGUAGUUUUAUGAAUUGUUGAGAAUGAAAGUAUGAAAAUUCACAAAAUAAACGUUUCGUGAAGUCUAAUAAUACUCAUUCUGGGAAGAACAAACAUUCCUGGAACUAACAUGGAAAGGUAUUGAUUGUUUAUUUGUUUGAAGUGUGAAUGACCGCUGGUUUGAAGAGCUAACGCAAUUGGAGAAUAGUGUCGAGAUUCCAGACCUAAGCAUUUUCUAUAGAACUAACUGUCAUGUGAUAUUAAUUAUUUUUAACUUCCGACAGAUGAGAAACAUAGUCAUAGUCAAUAAACUUUUCUUAAGACAUUA